AUGGACUCAGCCUGUGUUGCUCAACAGGCAGCCGGAGCGGUUCAGCCUUCAUUCUACUACUACAAUCCUGAGCCGGAAUCACGCCACGGCCAACACGCCUUCUUCACUCCCCACCCAAAUGACUACGCCCAGAACCAGAUGCUGAUGGUCCAGCCUCAGAUGCCACAGCAGUACGCUCAGCAUCAUCACAUGCAACCUCAACUGCAUUUGCACCCAUCCGAUCAGCAGAACGGUGCACAGUUUAGACCUCUCAAUGCAAAGGACUAUCUAUCUACACCGAAUACGACAAGCAGCCCGUCGCCAUCUCCACAGCCAAUGCAAAUUAAGCCUAGCGUUUUCCUGCACGGCUCGCCUGCGCUCCUGUCCCUGGACACUAACUGUGGCUGGGCUGACAGCAACGGAUUCCCUUCCACCCCUCCGCUGUCGACCUCCGGUAGCAGUAUCAGUAGUCCUCCAUCGAGCUGUGGUAUGAUUCACACUCCAGUUAACGGUGACUCUUUCCGCAUGGAAGGUAUCGAGGGUGUCAAAGAGGGCUGUGAGACGGAUGUGGAACUCGAGCUCCUAGCCGACUCUCACUGGAACCGAUCUGCCUCGCCCGAGAUGACUCCUCUAUACGUUCGUCCAUUUUCGGUGCAAUCCAAUGCUGGUUUACCGCCCGCCGAGCCCAACCACCAAACCAUUAAUAGCGGCACUGAAAACGGAUCGUCGCUUACAUCAUCCUCUCGCUCACCUUCUCAUUCUCCUAACAUGACUUCUUCUCUCCUCCACGAGACGCCCACGACGUCAUUUCCCUCGCAGCAGCCCUCCAGCACCGACUUCUGUGACCCGCGCCAGCUCACCGUCGAAUGCUCGGUGCUCUCGCUGCCUGUGCCCGACUUUCCGCCACUCCCGCCACUCUCGACCGUUGACGAGGAUAGGUCUCGAUCCAUCCUGCUCGGCAACUCGCUAAACUGUAAACUCGAACAGAGCCUCACCGUUCCUGGCCUGAGCCACGACGAUUCCCUCGAGAGCUUGUCUACCUUUGAUGCCAUCUCGGAUCUCGACUCUGAAGACGAAUUUGUUAACGGCAUCGUCAAUUUCACUCCCACCGAAAACGGCUUCUUAUUAGGCGAGAAGCGUCGACGUGCCACUAGUAACGGCAACAACAACAAUACCAGCACUGCUACCACUUCUCAUGAAGACGACAUUGUAAGUGAGCAGAGCUUGGAAGAUUUGGAAGACGGUGACCUGUUUGCCCGUUCCUGUAUCCCACUUCCAGAGUUUGAUUCUGUUGACCAGUGCAACAUCGCUGGAGACAUGAGGACGAAGAAGCGAGUAUCAGCCACUGGCCGACGUAUUAAGCAACUCCCCACCGCGCCUGAGGACAGUGAUGCCGACAGCCUAGGUGCCAUCAUUCGAACUGCCCAGAACAACGUCAACAGCCGCACUUCUCACACUGACUCAUCUUCCACACAGGCUCAACAGCCAUCUGGAGCACCAAGCCACGAAAGUUCAGAGACCAACCCACAGAGCACCUCUUCGGAGACUCCCGCCCCCGCUCCCAUGGUGCCUGUCGGUCGACGUGGCCGCAAGCAGUCCCUGACUGAGGACCCAUCCAAGACUUUCGUUUGCACCCUCUGCUCUCGUCGCUUCCGCCGUCAGGAACAUCUCAAACGCCACUAUCGCUCUCUUCACACUGAAGAUAAGCCAUUCGAGUGCCAGGACUGCGGGAAGAAAUUUUCUCGUAGUGACAACCUCGCCCAGCACACCCGUACUCACGGUGGCUCAGGCAUGCCCAUGAACAUGUCAGACCAUCACCCUGAGUCAUCACCUUUCGACGACCAAGAUGCUGGAGCUCUUGGUGCUGUCCUCUAUGAAGUAGCUCAGGCUGCCGCCAACAAGUCGACGACUAGUGAAUCAUCUGAUAGUGGCCUCUCAACCCGAGAAACCCAGUCCAAUACGCCCUUUACAAACCGAAAACGCCCACUCAAGAAGCGCAAGCGUGAAACAUCCGAGUAA